AUGAGUACGAUACUGGAAAAAAUUGCCCAAAUCGAGUCUGAGAUGGCUCGAACCCAGCGUAACAAGGCAACGGCUGGGCAUUUGGGAUUGUUGAAGGCACGGUUGGCUAAGUUGCGACGAGAGCUCAUCAGUCCGAAGGGUGGCGGCGGUGCAUCGGAACAGGGAUUCGAAGUUUCCAAAACCGGUGACGCCCGGGUUGGUUUCGUUGGGUUUCCCUCGGUCGGAAAAUCGACCCUUUUAUCCAAUUUGGCCGGUGUGUACUCUGAGGUGGCCGCAUACGAGUUCACAACGCUCACAACCGUACCGGGCUGUAUCAAGUACAAGGGCGCUAAGAUACAGCUGCUCGAUUUGCCCGGUAUUAUCGAAGGUGCGAAGGAUGGCAAGGGUCGUGGUCGGCAGGUGAUAGCGGUCGCACGUACCUGUAACCUUAUCUUCAUGGUGCUGGACGUACUGAAACCGUUGACACAUAAGAAGCUGCUCGAGCAUGAGUUGGAAGGAUUCGGUCUGCGACUGAACAAGCAGCCACCGAACAUUUCCUUCCGCAGGAAGGAUAAGGGCGGAGUGAAUUUGAAUGCAACUGCCGCACAGUCGGAGCUGGACCUUGACACGGUGAAGACAAUUCUCGGCGAGUACAAGAUACACAAUGCGGACAUUACACUGAAGUACGAUGCCACGGCCGACGACCUGAUCGAUGUGAUUGAGGGCAACCGGAUUUAUAUUCCUUGUAUCUAUCUGCUGAACAAAAUCGAUCAAAUCUCGAUCGAAGAGCUGGACGUUAUCUAUAAAAUUCCGCAUUGUGUUCCGAUUUCCGCCCAUCAUCACUGGAACUUUGACGAUUUGCUUGAAAUGAUGUGGCAAUAUCUGAAGCUGGUGCGAAUCUAUACUAAACCGAAGGGACAGCUGCCGGAUUAUAGUUCACCGAUCGUGCUGCACCACGAGCAUACGUCUGUGGAAAGUUUCUGUAACAAGCUUCAUCGAACAAUUGCAAAGGAAUUCAAAUAUGCGCUCGUGUGGGGAUCAUCAGUAAAACAUCAACCGCAAAAGGUCGGCAUCGAUCACGUGCUGAACGAUGAGGAUGUAGUACAGAUUGUGAAGAAGGUUUAA